GGGAAGGGGGGAAGGGGGGAAAGGGGGGGAGGCACCUAUACACUUCAGCCGCUACUAGGUCCUAUAUGGAUGGUACUUAGUCCGACUUGAUUAGUCGUCUUCAAAUUACCGGCUGCGUAGAAGACGGUAGGCUAAGCUUUUUUUUUUUUGCUUUUUCUUUCAUCUACGUACGUUACUUGUAUACUCGUUUCUUAUACGGAGUCUACGACAAGCGGAUAGAUAAUAUUCUCAGUUUUUUUUGUUUUUUUUUUGAGUAGUGUUUGAGUUGUAGACAUGGCGAAUGUAAAGCCAGAGGUCUCGUUCAUCGGCCUGGGAGCCAUGGGCUUCGGCAUGGCGACCAACUUGGUUAAGCAGGGGUAUAAGGUGACAGGGUUUGACGUCUGGCAGCCGACGUUAGAUAGGUUCCAGGCUGCUGGAGGCAGUACCGCUACGACGCCGGCGGAGGCUGUUAAGGGUAAGGACUACUGCGUGUGCAUGGUAGCGACGGCGCAGCAGGCUCAGGCCGUCCUCAUCGAAGGUGACAAUGCGGCACUCGCCUCGUUACCUAAAGGGGCCGCUCUGCUACUCUGCUCGACGGUGCCGUGCGCAUACGUCCAGGCUCUAGAGAAGCAACUUAUCGAAUUGGGACGGGGUGAUAUUCGUCUAAUCGACGCUCCCGUCUCGGGAGGCGCUGCAAGGGCUGCCGACGGUACUCUUUCAAUUAUGGCCGGAGGCUCGGAUGAGGCAAUCGAGACAGGCCGCUUUCUGUUACAGGAGAUGUCCGAUCCGAAGAAGCUCUACAUCGUCCAGGGCGGAGUCGGCGCCGGAAGUAAUAUGAAAAUGUGCCACCAGGUCCUUGCAGCCAACCAAAUCCUCGCCGCAAGUGAAGGAUUGGGGUUUGCGAGUCACCUCGGCCUGGAUCUCCACUCCACGAGCCAAGAGAUUAUCAAGUCGGACGCAUGGGCUUGGAUGUUUGAAAAUAGACUCCCGAGGAUGCUCGAUCCCGAGUUCAAGCCCGUUGCUAGCGCCCUGACUAUCAUCCUGAAAGACACGGGUAUUAUUACCUCAGAGGCAAGACGUGCCGCAUUUCCUACACCCAUGACAAGCACAGCAGAACAAGUCUACUUCUCCGGCCUCGGUCGCGGAUACGGCCCAGACGACGACAGCAGUCUAAUCAGACUGUACACAGAAGGCAAAGGGAAGAUAGGACCGGUAAAGGGGCUAGCUGAAAACGACGAGUCGAAGCUAGCCCUCGUCAAGGCGCUAUUUAGAGGAAUCUACCUCUGCUCUGCCGCGGAGACCAUUGCCUUUGCAAAGAGAUGUAAUCUAGAUCUAGACCAAGUCUUCGAGCUCUGCAUAAACGCAGCCGGAGGAAGCGCGAUACUACAGACGGUUGGACCGGAGAUCAUCAAGCUUGCUCGAGGAGAACAGGUAUCGGUUGGGGAUAGCGAGGGGCUAAGGGAACAUGCGCAGCAGCUCCAGGAGGCUGUUGAGGAGGCGCAGCGGUUAAAGGUGCCGGUGUAUCUCGGUAGUCAGGCGCUUACCCUGACGCGGUUCGCGUUGCACUUUUCUUCCGAAGCAGCUCUAGAUAUCUCGAGAGCUGCUGUUGCGAAAGCAUGGGGUUUAUGAGAUCGAUGUCUGUACUUGGUAGUAUAUGCUAGGAGACGCAAUGUGGGCUGUAAGUAGCUAUAUAGGCAUGUAUAUAAAAUACACUUCAUAAGGAGACUGCCUAGAAUAAUAUAAUAUGAGAGGGUGGAAUAUAUAGACUUACACUCAGAUAAAAUUAUAUGAGUUUAUUAAGUUAUUCCAUGUCUGCUG